AUGUCAACAAACCCAUUUUCCACACGACUAAAUAAUACCAGUUCAAACUCCACCUCACCAUUAGAGCAUAGACACGACCACCAAUACCAGUGGGAAUCACCAAGGAAGAAGAGUAAACCAACAACCACUCAAACUCUAAUAGUACCGCAAGGUGACUCUAUAUUGAAAGAUAUUGAACCAUCCAAAGUAUACAGAAACACUCAAGUAAGAACAUUACGAGGUAGUAAAAUAGUGGAAGUAGAACAAGAUUUAUCUCAUGUAAAGUAUACAGAUAUAGAACAUAUCAUAAUUCAUAUAGGCACAAAUGAUAUUGAUAGUGGCUCAUCAGUCAGUGACACAUGUAUCAAUGCUUAUCACUCUUUAAUACAAAAGGCCAAAGAAUGUUUUCCUAAAUCCACAAUAUAUAUUUCAUCUAUUAUACACAGACGCAAUAACCAAUAUUUCUUGAAAGCUUCCAGACAUGGUAACACUUUGUUGAAAGAUCUAUGUGAGAAGGAAGGCCUUAUAUUUCUACAGCAUUAUAUGGUACCAGACAGGCAACUUUAUGAUAAUGUUCAUUUGAAUAGACUGGGAACAGCCUUGUUAGUUAGAAAUAUUCAAGAUAGACUAGGACCAAAAUUAGGGAUUAAUAGAAGAAAGGAAUGGGUCACAAUUUAA